UAUUGUUAGGGCUAUUUGUUUAAUUAAUUUAAACACAACAUUGUUUAACGUAUGUUUAUUUUCAAGUCCGAUUUGCCACUAAUCAUAAUAACAAUAACUUAACCUAACUUCUAACAUCCAGCUGUGACUCCGCUACUAGAGACACAGUGGCGUACCUAUAACUAACUUACUGCUUAAAAAUAACAUUAUUACACCUUCCCCUUUUCGCUAAAGAAGAAAUGGCUUAAAUAUAACUAAAUGAUUAAUACUAAUUACUAAUACAUAACGUAAUCUGAAAACUUAUUUGGUUUUCUGAUGAUUCGUGUUGACCUCAUACUCUGAUCACUUUGAGGUUGGCUUGGCAAAUUACCAGGCAUAUUAUCAGUCACAUUAUCACUAAGGUCAACACGCUCACCAUUUGAACGAUGCUCAUUACCAUAGUCACCAUCACCAAUGUCGUUCAAGUUUUCAUUUUGAGUACCACUUCUUUUUUUAUUAUUAAACUUCACAAACGACUUUCGUAAAUGGUUACUAUUUCUACGCAAUAUGUUUGUCCCAUUAUCAAUAACAUAAGAACGAGGAGACUCAUGCUUACCUAUUACCUUUGCCCUACGCCAUUUAUUUUCAUCUCUGUAUACAAUAUUUUCAUUCUCCUUAAAAUCCGACCUAUCUCUCACAUGCCUAUCAUAAUAUUCCUUGUAAGUAACAUUUCUGUCUCUCAAAACUUGUUUAAAGUCUUUAAUUUCACUGUUUUGACAUUCUACUAUCGGUAAUUUAGUUUUCAGCUUUCUAGAAAAUAGCAGUUCCGCAGGUGAUCUUUUCAAACUAGUUAUAGGAGUAUUGCGGUACUCCAUUAAUGCAACCCAAAUAUCAUCAGCUUUACGAAGGAUAUUUUUAGCAGUCUGCACAAAACGUUCCGCUAAGCCAUUAGACCGUGGAUAUCUAGGGCUACUAGUUUGAAACUUAAAAUCGAAUUCUUGUGCAAAACGCUUACAAUCAUAUGAAUUAAAUGGCAUGUUGUCUGCAAUAACGGUAUCAGGAACUCCAUGAGUUGCAAAUAUCUGUUUAAGGGCAUUUAUAACAUCAACAGACUGCUUGCCCUUUAAACAUAUUAUUUCCAACCAUUUAGUCAGGUAAUCUACUACAAUUAAAUAAGAUUUGCCACCAUGCUCCAAAAUAUCACAUCCCAAUUUUUGGAAAGGUAGCUCCGGAAUUUCAUGUGACAAAAGUGGUUCUUUAACAUUUGCAUACCUGUAUUUCUCACACACUCUACAUUCUUUAAUUUCUUUCUGGAUAUCCGUACACAUACCUGGCCAGAAUAGAACAUUACGUGCCCUGUCUGUCGUACGAUUUAUGCCAAAAUGGCCCUCGUGUAAUAUUUUCAGCAUGUUUCCACGUAAAGCCUUGGGUACAAUAACCCUGUCAUUGAAAAACAAAAGAUUAUGUGCACUAUGCAAAUCAGCUCUUAGAUUAUAAUAAACUUGAAGCUCUCCCUCAUACUUCUUUUUCUUCCAUCCUUUCAUACAAUACUCCUGUACUUUGCUCAAAACAUCAUCUUUCAUACUCUCCUUUCUGAAUUCCUCUUUACGACUUUCACUCAUUCUCAAGUAUUUCUCAACACCAUGCACCAUAUCUUUCAAAUCCUCAUCAUUCUCUGCUUUUUCGCCGCUAACAUUUCUAGACAAACAAUCAGCUACAUGCAAAUAUUUACCUGGCAGAUACUGAAUCAUUAUAUCAUAUUUUAAUAAUUUCAAACGUAAUCUUUGUAAUCGGGGUGAAUUUAUAGACGAAAUUUGCUUAUUUAAAAUACUUACAUUGGGUUUAUGAUCUGUUAUUACCUUGACUGGGCGUCCAUAGAUAAAAUUGUGAAAUUUUUCGCAAGCAUAAACAAUUCCCAACAUUUCUUUUUCAAUUACUGCAUAUCUUUUUUCAGUAUCUGUCAGGCUCCUGGAUGCAUAAGCAACAGGCCUACCCUCCUGCAUAAGACAACAACCUAGACCAUUCUGCGAUGCAUCUGUUUGAAUUAUUAUGUCUUUACUACAAUCAAAAUUUUUUAACGUCACAUUUUUUGCUAUUUCCUUUUUAAUUAUGUCAAGUGCUUUGUCAUGAAUACCCAACCAUUGGAAAGUUAUAUCCUUUUUAAGUAAUUGAUAAAGCGAACUAGAGAUUUCACCCAGUUUAGGAACAAAUUUUCUUACGUAAUUUAUUAACCCUAAAAGCCUUUGAAGCUCCUUUUUAUUUGCAGGAGGGUUCAGAUCAUUAAUGGCUCGAAUCUUCUCAUCAUCAAUUUUCAUACCUGAUUCAUUAAAAAUGUGCCCCAUAUACUUAACCUCAGUUUUUCUAAAUUGAAACUUUUGUUUGUUGAACUUUACACCCUUUUCUCUAGCUCUACACAAAACUUGUUCUAAUACCCUAUCAUGUUCUUCCAUACUUUCACAAGCAAUCAGCAAAUCAUCAAAAUAUAUGAUUAUAUCUUUUAUGUCACCAAAAUUUUUCAGAUUUAUUUUCUGAAAAUACUCAGGGGCUAGAUUUAAUCCAAAGGGUAACCGGAGAAACCUGUAACACCCAAAAGGGGUUGCGAACGUUGUCAACCUGCUAGAAAAGUUAUCCAAUCUAACUUGAUAAAAUCCGUCUUUAAAAUCAAGAACUGAAAAGUAUUUUUUACCUGACAAUUUUGAACUAAUUUCCUCUAAACUUGGAAUCUCAAAAAACUCUCUUUUAAUACAUUUAUUUAAGUCCUGUGGAUCCAAACACAAGCGCAAGGAUCCAUUUGGCUUUUCAACAAUAACUAAAUUGUUUACCCAUUCACUUGCCUCACUCACUUUAGCAAUAAUACUUUUACUUUCUAAUUUAUCCAAUUUUUGUUCAAGUUUAUUUUUUAUAAUCAAUGGUACUCUUCUAGCAGGCUUGGCAACUGGUUCACUAUUUUCCUUUAAGUGAAUCUUGCAAACAUCGGCAAAACUUCCCAAACCUUCAAAAAUGUCAAUAUUAUCUCUAAUUAUUUUUUCUUUGCUAGUCUCAUAGUAUUUACUCACAUAUAAAGACUCUGAUUUUUUUAUAAAACCUAACAAAUAACAUGUAGGUAGACCAAUUAUUGGCUUUGCCUCUAAAUCUACAACUAAAAAUUCUAAAAUAAAACUAUUACCUGACCUUAUACACUUCAAUUUAACUUUCCCCACCGGCUUCAAUUUUGCACCACCAUAGGCUUCUAAAAUCGUGUUACACUUUUCCAGAUUAUAGCAUUUACGGCUGCCCAAUGUUUCUAAAAGUUUUUUAGGCAAAAUGUUCACUUCCGACCCUGUGUCUAUUUUGAAAUUAAUGUCCAAACCAUGUACACUAAUUUUCUCAGUCCAAACAAGUUUAUUUGCACUAACCAAUUCUCCAAUUCUGCUUAAGCUGUGCACAUAUAAAUCUUCAUCUGAACUGUCAUCACCUCCCUGUGUUUUUUGAAUAACUUCCUUUACCCUCCUAACUGGCCAUUCUUGACUUUCUGGCGACUGACAUACUCUACUGAAGUGGUUAUUUUUCCCACACUUGAAACACUUCUUACCGAAGGCUGGACAUUCAGCAUACCCAUGUUGCUCAUUACAGUUUCUACAUUUAAACUUUUUCUUACUGGUUUCCCGGGCCUUUUCCUGAGUUUUUUCCUCAGAAAUGUUUCUAACAUUUCUUCCUUUGCGCAAUGUGUCUACAUGGGCUUCCUCUUUACCACGCACAGAUUGCAACUGUCUUUUCAUUACCUCGGCAUUUCUGCAAGUUUCUACUGCUCUUUCCAAAGUUAAUUUUUGCACAUUGAGUAGUUUUUCUUGUACUGCCGGAUCAUUUGUGCCCAAUAUUAUUCUAUCUAUUAGAAUGCUAUCUUCUUGUGAUUCAUACUCACAGCUUUGUAUGAGUUUUUUAAUUUCACCAAAAAAAUGAUCGAAUGGCUCAUCGUUUCCCUGAUUUCUACUAUUGAACACGAAUCUUUCAUAAGUUUUAUUUUUUCUGGGGGCACAAUACUUUUUGAAUUCAUCUACAACACUUUCAAAGUUGUCUUUUUGUGGAAUCUUCAAUAUAUUAUAUAUUUCUACUCCUUCUGGUCCAAUCAUAUUUAAAAACAGGGCAAUUUUUAUUUUAUCUGACUUGGAAUCUUUUUCGGUGGCUACUAAAUACAUUUCAAAAUUUUGAUAAAACCUUUUGAAAUUUUCACUCAAAUUUCCCUCAAACUUCAUGGGUUCAGGUAGUCGGCCUUCCAUUUUUUUAGUACUUUUUACUUUUUCCCUUCGAAAACAGAUCUCACAAAAUUUAUGUAUAUAAGUUCUUCUACGACUGCGCCAUGUAAUAAUUAUUGUUAGGGCUAUUUGUUUAAUUAAUUUAAACACAACAUUGUUUAACGUAUGUUUAUUUUCAAGUCCGAUUUGCCACUAAUCAUAAUAACAAUAACUUAACCUAACUUCUAACAUCCAGCUGUGACUCCGCUACUAGAGACACAGUGGCGUACCUAUAACUAACUUACUGCUUAAAAAUAACAUUAUUACAGUUUUAACCGGUUAACCGAAGAGGAAACACCGGUUUUUCGGUUUUAACCAUCGGUUAUUGACAUCCCUAAAUCACAUGCUAAAUCAUUUGACUACUUUGUCAAGGGUAUGGAACAUGACGCUUUUUUUGCCACGCCGUUCUUUCGCGCAUGGUAACUGCCCAGUGGCGUAGCCAGGAUUUUGUCUUGGGAGGGGGUAAAUUUGCAGGAAGCGUCUCUUGCGACCAUACUGCAACCGCUGCCGGAGACAAAGCGACGAAAUUUUUAGUUGCCACGCCCCCUUUUCAGGUUUCUUUACGCUAUUUUUGGAACUGUUUAUCUUAAUUUUGAAGAAAUAUUCAUAAAAUUUAAGGGUCUUGGGGGGUGCAUAUGCCCCCUUGUCCUCCCCCCCCGCUGGUAACCACCACUCCUAACAUGCCACGAUAAACCGCGCGAAAUAACGUGUGUGUAUGCCGGCCUAAUCUGAAAUACAAGUGAUACAUUCUGAAAUACCUAUUUAUGGAAAAGGUGUAGUAAAGCCUACAUCCUGCGUUGCCAAACUUCUAUAUUUCGGUCGCAUUCAACAUAAAUAUCAAGUUUAACCUAACCUCACUUUUUCUCUGUGUUGAUUGUUGUUGUUUUGACAUUUGGUUUGGGAAAAUCAUUUUUCCUUUUAUUUUUAAUUCCCUAAAGUUAGCAAAUAAUGGACACGGUGGAUAUACAAGCAGUAGAAUCAAAAUUGAGUGAUGUUACAGUAACUCCUAUACCGAUGCCCACUAAGCCCAUCCAAAACCACAAUACCCUUACACAAAAUAGUACAAACAACGGUGCCUCUGUUGGAUUGGAGAGUCCUCAAACAAGCUUGUCCAAAUACGCUCAAUUGCUCAACGUAAUUGAAGAAAUGGGCAAAGAAGUGCGUCCCACUUACGCAGGCAGUCGUAGCUCAGCAGAAAGGCUCAAAAGAAAUAUAGUUUCAGCUAGGAUUCUUGUUAGAGAAUGCUUGAUUGAGACUGAAAGGAGUGCUAGACAGUAGUAACAAAUUUGCCAUUUUAUUUGCUCAGUUUAUUCCCAUUUUAGUUUAUAGUUACUUGAGGUAAGUAACCUUAUCCAAAUCUACCAAGAAACAGUACAAACAAAAAUAAUGCUUAGUUAAGUAGGAGGAAAAUCCAAAAUACAAUUCCAUUUAAAUGUAACCAAAAAAUCAAAACUGCCAAAGGAGCAGCUCAGGUUGAAACUAUAUUAAAAUAUUGACUAUUUUUGUAAGCAACUUAAAUAUUAAAACGUGUAUGUAUAUUAUGAAGUUUUAAAUAAAUAGAUAUAAUGUUUAAAUUAAUUGCUGCUAGUUCUUUCCUCACCAGACUCACUAUUUGUAUGAGCCGAUACAGGAGGCAAAUAAUAAGCCUUUAUAAGACUGUGCAGUCUUGCCACUUCGACAUCUUCCUUUUCCAAAUUCCUGACCAUCUGAGCAAACUUAAUAAUACCUUCUCUGUUUUCUGGAAAACCGUAUUCUUUGAUUACGUCGAUUUGAAUCUGCAUCACUAUCGGAAAAAUGAACUGCAUCAUUUUCAGCAUUUCGUUUCCUACGUUUUCUCUGGCUUCAUCGAUUUUUCGCUUGUUGUCAGGUUGUUCCAGGAAAUCUAAUGUUUUGUUUAGAAUUUGGACGGCCAGUUCUGACGAUAGAGGCGGAAUUGAGUCUAAUUUAGACAUAGUUUUGAGGGCUGUACUUUCACUUUGAUGAAUUUGAAAAAAAAAUAAUAAUAAUAAUCAAAAAGUUUGGUUAUGUUGGGAAAAUGGUAAAUUUCUUCAGUGUUGCCAAAAUUCCAAAAGCAGGAAAUUUAUAUGUUUCUUUUUGUUUGACUUUAUGCGAAAGAAAAGGAUGCAUAUAUACUGGUGUCACUCGCUUUUCAAAUCUCUCAGGUAUUUGUUUCCAAAAAAAAGCAAAACACAACUGAAAUAAAUAUUUUGAAAAAUUGUUUAUAUUUUAUAAGCCUUUAUUAUUUUCCAGUUAAAAAUGGAAUUAAAAUACUUUUUGUUCUCUACUCUUAUAGUAUUCAUUACUAGUUUUAUCAAAUUUGGUUCUACUGUUCGUUGUUAUCAAUGUGCCUCAUCAGAAGACCCCAAAUAUGAAGACAACUGUGGGGCCUACAAAAAAUUCACCAAAGAAAACCAUGUAGCCAUCGAAUGUAACAGCGAAGAAAGCCACAUGCCUGGCUCUUUUUGUAUGAAAGUCACCCAGCAAAGCCCCAAAGGAUUUAUUUGGGACGGUAGAUGGCGUCAAGUGAUACGAAGAUGUGCCUCAGUGGCAGAUACAGGAGUUACAGGGGUGUGUAACUGGGGUGUCUAUGAUAACGGGAUUUACUGGGAGGAAUGUUAUUGUUCAGAGGACGAAUGCAAUUCUGCACGAUUGAAUGGAUUGUCUAUAGGGUUGAUGAGUUUUAUUUUUUGUUUUGUUUUGUGGAGGACAUUGGUUUGAAUCAGUUUUUCCAGAGAAUCUUAUUAAUUACACACAAAUUGGUUUAAAACAUUAUUUUUCUACAAACGUCACUAAAAGUGUCAUUUUUAACGGACGCUGUCAGUGUCUAAAA